AUGCGCCCGGAGGAUCUUGGAAUUCCUGAGGAUGACGACGAAGGCGAAGACGUGAAAGCUGACUUUGUUGACGAAAUGACCCCUGACGAAGACCCUAACUUUGACCAAGACUUCGACAGUGAAGUGGAAAUCUAUGAGCAGAACUUAGCCAGUGAGGGCGAUAAGACCGAUGACGAAAGCAUUAGUCAAAAGACUGAUGAAUACGUAUUAAGGCUUGAGAAGGAUUUUGAAAAGUCUCGCAUGAUAGAACUGAAAGAGAAAAUAAAAUCCCUGAUAGAAGGCAGAGAAAAGAUGGAGCAAGCCACACGAGACUUGGAACGACUACUCGAAGAGAAGGAGAUAAUGAUCAAUUUGAUGCCUGCCGAAAUGGACAGACUCAGAAAAGAAAUAGCGGCAAAGACAAAAGAGACCGAAAAGCUACGAAAGGAGAACGAGGAUAAAGACUCGACUAUACUCAUCCUGGAAAGCACGGUCGUAGUUCUCGACAUGGAGAAGGAGACUUUGCAUCGGGAUUUGAGUAAAAUGGAAGAUGACAGAAAUCUGACUAAAGUCCAGCUGAACAAGCAGGAGGAGGAGUUACAGAGACUCCAAGAAGAGAAUCGGAGGAAACAGAAGAACAUCGAGGUUCUUCAGAAGGAAAAUGAGCUGAGGAACCUGAAGAUUAACGGCUUAGAAGAUGAAAUAGAAGAAUGUAAGAUUGAGAAACAGAGGGCUGACGAAAAUCGGCAACAACUGCACCUAUGUCAAGCAGAAUUAGCCGAGAGAAAUGUGGAGGUAAAAGAGCUCAAAGAACAGAAUGUCCAGAAGGACAGAGAAAUCCUGAGACUGGGAGGUGAAUGCUCCCAGAUGCAAGAGGAAAUUAUCGUUCUCUUAAAAAUGGUUAAAAGUGUUGCCGCAGAAAAGGGAAAAGGAAAAGGAAUUGAAUGA